AUGGAGGAGACAGGCCACAUCGACUGGCUCUAUGGCGUUGGGAAACCCGAGACAGCCACCUGCGCCCCUGUAGUGGUGGCCGGCAAGGAGGUUGAACGAAGCGUUCGGGAAACGCGAGUUAGGCUCGAAACAAAAGUACUGCAGAAGUAUGGAUCCCUGAUCUUGCAGGACCAAGUUCAGUUCACGGACCAAGAGAUCCUCAUUCGGUCGCUGAUUGCUGAACCUGUAGGAGUGGGAUUUCCGGCGCCUCUAGACCUGAACAGUGAACACGGACUGCCCCAUUGCUGCUCCGGUCCGCAUCCGUUGGUCACAAUGGCGGAACUUUGCCUCUUUGUCCGUGAGGAACGAGAUGGAAAGUCACCUGUUCACGUUAUAUCUGCAUCGCGAGUUACCGAGAUAACUGUGUCGGACUCAUGGGCGGACACGGAGGAGUUCGGAGGGUCGGAUAUCGUCACGCUGAACAGCUAA